AUGGGAAAAUCCUCAAAAGAUAAGCGCGACGCCUACUACCGUCUCGCCAAAGAGCAAGGAUGGCGUGCGCGAAGUGCAUUUAAGCUAUUGCAGCUCGACGAGGAAUUCGAUCUCUUCGCCGAUGUCACUCGAGUCGUCGACCUCUGCGCCGCUCCUGGAAGUUGGUCGCAAGUACUUUCUCGUGUACUAAUCAAGGGAGAGAAGUUUGGUCGGGCUACUUGGCAGGAUAAGGAAGCCAAGUUUCGACAACAGAUGCUGGGAAUUCUACCCAAGGACGGCGACGACGAGCAGCAGACAACUGAGAUUCAGCAAACUGAGGAGGAACCUGCAAAGCCAAGAGAGGAUGUUAAAAUUGUGUCGAUCGAUCUACAGCCUAUUUCACCUCUUGCUGGUAUCACCACACUUCGAGCCGAUAUUACACACCCUGCGACAGUACCUCUUCUACUCUCUGCUCUUGAUUCUUCCUACGACCCCAAGGCUGCUGGAACACAGGCCUCGCACCCCGUCGACCUUGUUUUGAGCGAUGGUGCCCCUGACGUGACCGGUCUCCAUGAUCUCGAUAUCUACGUUCAGUCCCAAUUGCUCUUUGCAGCCCUCAACCUGGCCCUCUGUGUCCUGAAGCCCGGAGGUAAAUUCGUCGCCAAGAUCUUCCGUGGUAGAAACGUCGACGUUCUUUACGCCCAGCUCAAGAUAUUUUUCGAAAAGGUCAUCGUGGCCAAGCCCCGUAGUAGUCGCGCAAGCAGCGUGGAAGCUUUCAUCGUGUGCAUCAACUUCCAGCCCCCCGCUGGCUUCCGCGCCAGUCUCGAAGAGCCGCUCGGCGUGGGCGGACGAUUGGAGGAGAUGCUCAAGGAGAAGGGAGAUGUUGACAUGCAGGACUCAAUGGCAAAGGACGAGGGAGUUGUGGAAAUGGAGGUUUACGAUGAAGUGCCUGAAGACACGGAGAGAAACAGUCGAUGGGUCGCGCCGUUCAUUGCCUGUGGAGAUCUAUCCGCCUUUGACUCCGACGCCUCGUACCAGCUCCCUGAGGACUACGUCUCUCUAGAUCCCGUCCAGCCACCUAUCGCUCCUCCUUACAAACGCGCCAUUGAGAUGCGAGCCGCCAUGUCCGGAUCACAGCGCUAA